UAAUGUACUCCUUGUUUUGGUGAAACGUAACUAGAGAAAUCAAAGUUAUUGGAGGCAGAGUGAAGCAAAAUGGAGUUUAGGGAGGAAGGAGAAGGAGAGCCAGUGAGCCCCACUGGCCAAUACUUCAACAGUUCUAUCUUAUCUGUUGCAAUUUUUGCAGUUUUGGAAUUUGAGGUUCCAAUCAAUGAUUCCCAAGCUCUCUCUUUGAUUCAAGAUGUCUUCCUCCCCAUCAACCCUCGCUUCUCUUCUAUCAUGGUAAGUGACAAUGCAGAUCAAAAGAAACAAUGGCAGAGGGUUGAAGUGAAGCUUGAAGACCAUGUUCAUGUCCCCAUUUUCCCUUCUAAAAUGUCACCACAAUCCUAUGAUGAGUAUUUUGAUGACUACAUAUCAAAUAUAGCAGCAGAAAAACUCCCACAAAACAGGCCAUUAUGGGAAAUUCACAUUUUCAAGUACCCAACAAGCCAUGCAGCCGGUACCCUGAUUUUCAAGCUUCACCAUGCCCUAGGUGAUGGCUACUCUCUAAUGGGUGCUCUUCUUUCUUGUCUGCAAAGUGCUGAAAACCCUUCUGUUCCUCUAACAUUUCCUUCCCUGAAGAGCUCAGGACCAAAAACUACUCACAAGACUAAAAUUGUGCCUCAGUUUUUCUCUUCAGUUUUCCAAACUGUAUCGGAUUUCAGUUGGAGCAUUUUGAAGAGCAAUUUCGUUGAAGAUGAUCGAACUCCGAUUAGGUCUGGGGAAGAUGGAGUUGAGUUUCGGCCAAUAACACUAUCAACCUUGACGUUCUCCAUUGAUGAAAUCAAACUGAUCAAGAACAAACUUGGAGUGACGAUAAAUGAUGUGAUUGUUGGAAUAAUCUUCUUGGGCACCAGAAUAUACAUGCAAGAGAUUACCCAAAAAUCAAGCAAUGAACAUUGUACGGCAUUGGUGCUGUUCAGAACUAGAAACAUUGGGGGUUAUACGUCAAUCAAAGAGAUGAUCGAACCCAAUAAUGCUAAGACGACGUCAUGGGGAAACCAAUUUGCCUUCUUACACUUGCCAGUGCCCAAGUCAACUGAAAUCUCAAACCCACUCGACUUUGUUUGGGAAGCACAAAAAAUGAUCAAGAAAAAGAGGAGUUCUGCAGCUAGCUACCUCACUAGCUGGCUCUUGGAUGUUUUGAAGAAAUUUAGAGGCCCUGAGGGAGCAGCCAGAUACAUUCAUGGCACGCUCAAGAACUCGAGCUUGACAAUCUCGAAUAUAAUUGGGCCAGUGGAAAAAAUGGCUUUGGACAAUCAGGCCGUUUGUGGCUUAUACUUUACGGCGGUUGGUGCACCUCAGUGUCUUACUGUGACUGCACUUAGUUAUAUGGGAAAGCUGAGGAUUGCCUUAGGAGCUGAAAAAGGCUUCAUAGAUUCCCACAAAUUGAAGGCGUCCAUGCAAAAUGCCUUUGGAGUAAUACUCGAAGCCUCCAACCAAAUUCCUCCUGCAAAGGCAGCAUAGAAAACCAAAGAAAAAGCCACUUGUUUCAAUAAUUGAAAAAUACGAGGGUGAACGAAUCUUGAUCCCCAAUGGCCGCGGCAGCUAGAGUUCUUGGUUAGGGUUUUGUUUACCCUUUUUAUAUUUGAGGCUGUUGUAAGUUAAGUAAAAUUCUUCAUUGACCUUUUUGUUGGAAAAUUUGGUUGAAGAUGCUACCCAAAACUAUUAAUACACUUGUUUCAAUAUUAUAUACAUUGAUAGAGUAUAUUAAAUCAAACCAAUGAAAUUACAGC